AUGGAGCUCAACAGAAGACAAAUUAUUGUUAGCACCAAUUGUGUAAUGUGUGAACAAGAAGAUGAAACAUUGGACCAUCUUUUCCUCAAAUGCCCCUUCGCUAGAGCUUUAUGGUUUGGCUCGCCACGGAACAUUCGUUCUGAUACUAUCCCCUCUAUCCGGCAAUGGUUGAUAAGCAUUCUUGAAAAAUAUAAGGCAGGUAAUGAACAGGAAGAUAAUGUUCUUACAGAUAUUAGUGCCACUCUUUGGGUGAUUUGGACUUAUCGAAAUAUGGUUCUAUUUGAGAAUAAAGCUGUUGACAUCCAACAAGCCAUUUCAAGCACCAGUUACUUCAUGACAGAAUGGAAAAUAGAAUUAGAUGAAUAUCUCCAAAUUGGUUCAACACCUACGGAAACUACUGGGAACCAGUCUACAUGCAGAACUCAGAAUUGGCAAGCAAUAAUUAUAGUAGAUAUAAAAAAGCGUUCGCGCGAAGCGAUUUGGAAUGGAGGUGCCUUUGUGAUCAAAAAUCGUUUAGGCCAGUCCGUUCGUAAAGGUUGUUAUUCCUGGCAUUCCAGCAAUGAUGAAACCAACUUACUAUCCACAAUUAGAGAAGCUUUGUAUGAGGCGUGGAAACAGGGUUUCAGGGAGGUAAUUCUUUUUCUACAAUCAAAUCACGGAGUAAAGCUAAUUCAAACACAUUGCUUGACUAGCUUGGAGAAUGUCCCGCUCAUGGAAGAUAUUGCAACAUUACAAAAGAUGUUUAAACAUAUUCAUGUCCAAGUUGCUCCUCUACUAGUGCUCCAAGAAGUUCAGGGAUUGGCAGACAUGGCGACAGUAUGCUUUACAAGGCUCACCUGGAUAUGA